UUGGCCUGAACAACCAUGGUUUGUGAUAUAAGCAGGUCUGCGAAAAUUGCUGGAGUAGUGUUCAUUGCUGCAAUCAUCUUUAUUGGCGCAAUGGUUGGGACUUCGUUACGAAAGCUGAGCACGGAAGAAGUUGGUGUGGCGUACAAUAUCCAUGAGAAGAAGCUGUCAUCUGAGGUGAAGAGGGAGGGGCUUCACUCUGGUUCCCCUGGUUACCGAUUCAUCAUCUUUCCCAGUGUGUUUCAGAGCAUAAGUUUUGAAGAGCUGGAGUGUCUUAACAAAGACGGUAUUGAGAUCGAGUUGAACGUACAGUUUCAGUAUCGGGCUCGACCCAAGGAACUCCGAGAUCUUAUAUUGCAGUUUAAGGACAAAGACAGCUACUUGAAACUACUAAAGAGCAUUGCGGAGUCCGCUACCCAAGAUUCUUGUAGUGCGUUCAAUACCACACACCUACAGUCUGAAAGAGCUUCCUUUCAAGAUCUCGUACGUAAAACAAUUGGUCGAAGAUUUGGCAGUGUGGGAGCUGAUGUAGAAGACCUUCAGGUUCAAAACAUCAUGCGCCCCGAAUCCUACGAAAAAGUCAUCCGAACCAAAGAAGCCGCCAAAGAAAACAUAAAGAUAGCAGAAAGUGAGCGUCCUCGCCUUGUUGUGCAAGCAAAAACUGAGAAAGAAGAAGCUGUAAAGCAAGCUGAGAUCACCAUUCAGCGUGCGGAGUCUGAAGCGAGGGUGCUCUUAUCCAAGGCGGAAGCAGAAGCCAGCAGUAUCAGAGCAGCAUACGCUGCAGAAACGGCAGCAUUCCAGCAGCUCCAGAACGAAACCCUCAGUAACAGUGUAGCAGGGCUUUUGUCGUAUCUUGGAGUGCGACUCAUCGCUGAAAACAAUAAUACUGUUAAUGUAGCGCUGGAGGCUCCAGCUAAAACUAAGUAUACCUACACCUAACCCUUCAGCACCCAACGACUAAGUUGUAAUUCACUCUGGAAGCUGCUAUAGAUUUCCUUUUGAGGAUUCUAAGUGAUAUUAACAUAUUCCAACCGGCAAGUUAUAUGUGAUCAGUUCUUGAGUCAAGGGUUAGAAAGGAACAAUGUAAGCAAGCCCCUGUGAUGAACAGGGUUGUUAAAGUCAAGUCGUAAAAUUCUGUUUAGUACAGAUUUACCUGAGCUCAGCUUAGGCUAUAAUUAGCCCAUCUUAGCUCUCUUUGGUUGCAGUAAAAUGCCAGAGAAUGCAUAGGCUAAAACAAACAAACAAACAAACACAGAAGGAAAGACAAGCUUGAGAUCUUUUAUCUGAGCUUAUUUCAAGUUUUAAGAGAAGAGAGAUGUCCUCGAUAAAACGUUGUUGUAAUUGCAAUUGAAAGCGCAAUAAAUAAAACAGUCAGUGGCAGUGAA